GAGGCAGUUUGUCCUAUCAGCGCCAUUGUGUGUCAGAGUCUCUAACAGCCCGGACUCUUUACCUUUUUCCGUGUCGCCUGGACUCCGAGUACACCCACAUGAUUCUCUUUCACACUCCGGCGGACCUGAAUCUGACUUAUGUUCAGUAAAGGUGCCAAGCGAAAACUGGACGAGGAUGAAGAGGUGCUGGAAGGCACGACGUUGGAGGCACCGGUGGCGGGAGCAGGAUUAGGCCUGUGUCCCGAGGGCCUGUCCAAGGUGUCGUACACGCUUCAGCGGCAGACCAUCUUCAACAUCUCCCUAAUGAAGCUGUACAGCCAGCGGCCACUGAGCGAGCCCAGCCUGGAGCGCCGUGUCCUCAUCAAUAACAUGCUGCGGCGCAUCCAGGAUGAACUGAAACAGGAGGGCUCCUCGCGCCCGUUACUUCUCCCGCCGUCGCCGCCGCCCGACGACCCGAUGGACGAGGGCUUCCGCGAGUCCCCGCCCUCGUUUGGAGUUUUGUCAGCUGCAGCGACCGCGCAAGUAUCUCCACCUCUUUUGAUGCCGGUGAUCCUUCCUCCACCUUCACCCCACCCGUCGGUGCCUCCCACCUGUGAAGCUUCCCAGGCCUGCCCGCCCCCUCUUGAUGCCUGCCUCACUCCAGCUUCACUACUAGAGGAGGAUGGUCCUGAUUCAUCCUUCUGCUCUUCAUCUCCACCCACUCCUCCUCUAUCGCCUCCCCCGUCACAAAGUCAGGUGUCUUUGCCUGCCUCGUCCAAUGACUCUUUGUCCCCCAUUGUCAGCGACACGGACUUACUUCCCCCAACAGCCAUAAGUAGGCCAGCAGCAGCCAACUCGAUGACAGUAACUACCUCCCUCGCUCCUCCCGCCCACGUAGCAGCCUUGUCCCUUGCACCCACGAGCCCCGCUAAAGACUGCAGAACCACGGGCGCCGAACUUGAAACUGGGGGCCGCAGUGCCGUCAUUCGACCAAUAGACACUCUGCUCACAGCGCCGCCUGUUAGCCCGGGAGACAUUUCCCCCUGUCAUUCCUCCCCUUCCACGCCCUCUGGGUUCCUAUCGGACUUGGCGCUGGACGACGUCCUUUUCGCCGACAUAGACACGUCCAUGUACGAUUUUGACCCCUGCGUUACAGCAGGGGCGGUCGGCGUGACAGCCGGAACUGGCCUAACCAAACUGUCUUCGGUGGUGAUGACGGACGACCUCCUCAAGUCCCUGGCGUCGCCAUACAGUGGCCCCGCCCCCCAGGUUUCAGCCAAUCAGCCUUUCAAAAUUGAUCUGACAGAGUUGGAUCACAUCAUGGAAGUGUUGGUGGGUUCGUGACCUAUUCAAAACUGUUCCAGAGACUGAAAUCAAUCACUUAGAUGGAUUUGGGAUUUUGUUUGCUGUUCCUAAGUUUGUGUUUUUUGAAGUUUGCUAUUGAAAAUGUUAGUUGUCAUGGUAACUAUGACAACUAUGAAUUACUACUACAACACAACACUGAGCAUGGACUGACUCCCUUUUCCAAACAGAAAUGAAAUGAGUGGCAAACAAACAGAUUAGUUUUCAUUUCUAUACGUGUGAGGACCUUUUAUUUGUUUUCCUAAAAUGAACCUUAUCCAAUUCCUAAGGUUUAACUGUGACUUAAGCCAUAACGUGUAACAGGUGAGUCCUCAAGCGUGUAGAAAUACUUUACACUAAAUGUGUCUUUCAGCAGAUGAGUGCCUUUCACAAAUAUUACCACUUAUUCGAUUCCUGCUUUUAUUUUUCUCUCUUUCCUAAUAUUUUCUUUUUAUAAUUUAUUCAGUUGUAUUUCGUCUGUUUUAUGUGAGGAAAUUCCUCAUGAUCAAAUAAUUAUUUAACUGUCUGUUUUAUGUUCUAGAAUGCGUCAAAGGCUUGUUUUACUCGUAUUACCUUGAUGAAGAUGAUGAUUCUUUGCCAUCCAACUUGCUAGUUUGGAUGCUCCUCUCGGGCGCUCCUAUCAGGCCGGCUUGUUGUGUUUACAUUGGAAACGCUUGCAACAACGUGUCCCAGUCUGGUGGAAAAGAGCUCAAAAGUCCAACCAAAAGAGCGACAGUUGUUCCUUCACGCACAUGAACUGUAAACAAAUCCGCCCUUGCAGUCGGCAGACAGUCACGGUGGCGCUAAGGGCCUCCUUAAAGCCGUGCGAAGACAAACAAACAUGUGUAUUUCAAGACUUCUUUAGUUUCUUGUGUUUGGCAACUUGAGUGACAGACAAAUGACAGCACAUUUAGUAUUAACUCUGUUUGCACAAACUGUGCUCAGAACAGACGCUCAAACUCACUCAAUCUCAGGGGUUUUGCUGACUUUGCAACGUUGUGCAGCACAGGGAUGAGGUUCCAAACAAGCUCCUUGGAUGUUGACUACAUUUACUUUGAAGAUUACUGGACGUCUAAAUCUGUCUAGUAAUGAGUUUCAUUUGAGGUUAGAAACAAACACUUCCUAACUUUGUCAAAACUCAACUUUGCCAAUUUAAGUGUCUACUAUUAAGCCAUAACUUGCACAGACUGUAUCCAAAAGAACAGUAUUUUCUCAAAUAAUCUAUGAAAGCCCUGUCAAGUCACCACAGACUAUGUCAUUCUUGAAAAGACUUGUUUUUGACACAGUUGCUUCCCAAAACAGCAGCACCUGCAGAUAUUUCUUAAAAAGUUAAAGUACCCACGAUUGUCACACACACACUAGGUGUGGCGAAAUUAUUCUCUGCAUUUGACCCAUCACCCUUGAUCACCCCCUGGGAGGUGAGGGGAGCAGUGAGCAGCAGCGGUGGCCGCGCCCGGGAAUGUGAUUUUUGACCCCCAAUUCCAACCCUUGAUGCUGAGUGCCAAGUAAUGGGUCCCAUUUUUAUAGUCUUUGGUAUAAAAAUAGGACCCAUUACCUCCCUGCUUGGCUUGUUGAAGGGUAACUGUACUUUUUGGGGGGAAUUUUGCCCAUCUUUCACAAUCCCUAUGUGAGACGAGUACACGCAUGUCCUUUUUGUGUGCAUUCUAAACAUUGAAGAAACGCUAGCAAAAGGCAGCUAACAAUGCAGCAAAUUGGGAUCUACCUAUAUAGCCUAUAAAGCGAUCUAACAAGACCCAAAACCGCCAACAACACUUCAUUCAACUGUCGUAGCAACAUUGUUAUUAAUAUGUAAUAGUAUAUUAUACAUCAAUAAUACAUAUAUGAACAUGAAGGAACUACUUUUAGUAACUCAUUGCUUUGCUCACACUUUCCGCUACUAGCUAGCUUGAGCCGCUAAUAACGUUGGUUGCGACCCGCAAUAAAAAUAAAGAAGGAGCUUGAGCUGCUUUUGCUGUAUUGCUUUUGAAAAUCCACACGCUACCAAUUUGACACUAAAUGGCUCUCAGCAAAUGCAACAUCGCUAGGAAGCAUGUUUUAACCGAGGAGUGACGAUUAUUCUUAAUGGACCUUCUCAAGAAAGAUACAACCAUCCCAGUGAGAGUGGACAUUGUGCGUGACUUUUAUGUUCUUUUUGAAACCUUUAGCACACAGUGACGACAGAAAUGAAUACGCCCAGGAAAGAUGUUUUAAAAUGACCAAAAUACUGUAAAUAUGUCAUGAAUGUGCCCGUUACAACAUUACAUACAGUGUGUACUUACAGCAUGUUUAUAAACGAGCAUUGGAGGUUUCUUCUUCGAGGGCUUUAUAAGCAGAGCAGAUCCUAUCCCCAUUACCUGCAUUGUUAGCUGUCUCUGAUGAGCACUUUUUCUAAUAUUUAGAAGGCACAUAAAACAUAAAAACAUGUGCUAUUGUUUCACGAAUGGUUUGUGAAUGAUGGGCAACAUUCCCUAAAAGUGCAGUUCACCUUUUACCUCUGUCACAUGAACUCAAGUGUGCGGUAAAGUUGAUCUUGCGUUACGUGGGGAGAUGAUUUUGUGAUUACAUUCUCGUGUAUCUAUGGAUUUGAUUGUCCAUCCAAACUACAGUAGGUUUCUCUGCAUGUUCUUUAUAUAGGACUUUUAUUUGGUUCUUUAAAGUUGGGAAAAUAUUAGUUUAAUCCCUUGAUAAUUGAUAUGACCAGUUCAUUAAUUUUGCUUUUUAAUAUCAAAUGUAGGGGAACAUUUUCACCAUUAAUUAGUUGCUAAUUCAAGUGACAAAGACUUCAUUUAGAGUUAUUUGGACACUACGGGAACAUAUUAGGGUUAGGGUUAGAGUUACUAAUAAGCAAUAAUUCUGAGAUUAUUGAGGGAAGACUCUUAGUUAAUGGCUUACUGGUUGUACAAUAAGGCCAUGCAGAAUAAGGCAUUUAUCAAGUACUUGAUAAUGACUAAUUAAGACCCAAUAUGUUACUAAUUUGCAUAUUAAUAAGCAACUACUUAAUGGUGAAUAUGUGUUCCCCAUACUAAAGUGUUACCCAAAUGUAAUAUCAACAACAAAAUCCAGAAGAAAAAAAACAUUAAAUGAAGCUAAUGAAUAUAAUUUUUUUUCCUUUUUUUCCUUUUCCUGGUCAGGGGUCACCACAGCCGUUCCUCACACAACUCUAGUCAGGAAUGGAAACCAAGCUCUCCACCACAAAAAAAAAAUAUUUUGAUUUGAUUGGGUCUUUGAAAAUGAAAAGACUAAAACAAUGGACGGCUCCUGACUUUGAAAGGGAGUCUAAUUAAUAAUCAUUUCCCCACACCUUAAAUCCCCCUGCAAGUCAAGAAACACAUUAGUUGUGAGUUGUGUUCAGGACCCUCGUGACUUGUAAAAAAAAGAAACUACGUAGUAACAAAUCAGUCAACACUUUCCCAACACAGGAGUUCAUAUCAUAGUGACAAACACCUUCCACAACACGUCAUUCGCCCUCUGGUCUGCUCUCUGAAGGAAGUAUUGUAGUGUAGAUGUUGCCAACUACAAGCAGUGAAGGAUACAUAACAUCAUUUGCUAGAUUAUUGCUAUAAAACACAAUUAAGCAGCCUUUAUUGUUGACUUGCAUAAAACAGUAUGGCGAGAAGCGAAGGGAGCUGCAGACACACACACUUGUGUUGAAGUGGCUGCUGGGACUCAGUGGUAGUUCACAGGUCUGAAUGUGCUCCCUGACUUAUCUAGGCCUAAGGAAAAACUGGUUCGAGCGGAGGAGCGAGACUUUCCCAGCCUGCCUUGCACCUCCUGCAGUGUGUAAACCAGCCGCACCGCGGCAUCAAGUCAUUAUCUCUGAUGAGGUUUUUCCUCUCAUCAAUUAAGUUAUUUAUUCAUUUGCUUUCUUUUCCUGCUCAGUGUAAACAUAUUUAUUUUUGAUGUGAACAUUUGGAUUGUAAAUAUGUGUACAGAAUGUACUGCGCUCCAGAUAGGAAUGUAUCUGAGUGGGGAUUGUUUUUAUCCAAGGACCUGAUUUGUUGCCUCUUAUUAUAGAUUUUCUACGUCUUUUGCACUCUUUUGUUCACCAUUUGUUUUUCCAACUGUUCAUGCAGCAAUACGCAAAAACCAACUUGUCAGAUAUCAAUCCAAAACCUGUCAUCGACGCCUCAAUGCCAAAACGUAUGUACAUGUAUAUAUAUAUAUAUAUAUAUACAGUAUGUACUGUACAUAUAUAUGAAUGACAACUUUGAUGGAUCACUUUUUCUUACUGGAUGGUUUUAGGUGCUGUCCAAGCAUGCGGUGCAGCUCUACUCCUUGGGGUAGACUGACCGCAGUCAAGGCUGAGUUCCUCCAAAGGUUGUUUUUCACAGACCUUAUAGAGUUGUGCCUUGUUCUAUGCAAUAGAACACAAAAGUCUCUUUCUCUCUCUCGCACUCUCCCUUUCUCUCGCCUGCCCUCUGUAAGA